AGAUAAUUGGUGUAAUCGGUACAUACUUAUAUAUUUCUAUUGAUAAUUGGAUAUCAAUCAUCGAAUUCAAUCGACGGUGUUCGGAACGUUGGACAAAAAGUGUAGCGCUUGGUUGAUUUAAUACAAUUGAGUCUGUAAGACUCCUACAAUUGCAAAGUUCAAAUACCAUAGUCGAUUCUUCAGUCAGUAGUGAUUAGAAUAAUGGAAAAUAACCCAAGUAAACUUGAAGAUCGAAAACCAGAAGCAUCGAGUUCAAAAAGACCUCACUCAGAUAACACACCACCUUCAAAAAUUGAGGCAAAGGUUCCUAAAUUGCAGCCUCAAAAGGAAACAACUGACAACAAUGAAACUACGGAAAUACCUGUAGCGAUUACUACUAAAAACGGUUCAGAUCUAAGUCAAUCAGGACUUGAAACAGUUAAAUCUAAGAUAGAAAAGAUGUACGUAGACAUAUACAGUGAAAGUCGUGACAAAUAUCCAACUUUGGUUGGCGAGCCCGUUAUUAAUGAUGGUGUAAUAAAACUUGUUAGCCUAAAUGAAUUUACCAAACAGUGGCUUCAAGAGAAAGUACAGGACAUGAAAAUAAAUUUAAAUCAAGAGAAAAUACCGCUGAAAUUAAUUCCACAAAAAGAUUUGUCUACGAAAGUAAAAUGUGGCUUCCACGUGAAUUCUAAUAUUGUAGCUCAGAAUAAGCUGAAGGUUACAUUACAGAAUAUGAAUUCGCAUGCAAGGGUUGAUAAAUGGACCUUUUACAGCAUCAACAAGACAGAGUCUGGUUUAAAUAUUGAAGUAGGGAUACCAAUCGAACUACUACCAAGCAUCAUGGAAAAAGAUAAUCUAACCCUUGGCUUUCAGUCAGUAAAAUUGCAUGUGAUCAAUGAAAAAGAAGAGGAUAAGACAGAUAAAACUGCUUCUAACUCGAUUAUAGAUUUAGAUGAAGCUGGAUCAUCAGCACCUAAUCCGGUUGAGAUUAGUGAUAAAAUGGAAAGGAAUGACUUUUUAAAUUCUGAGGCAUCCAAGCGGAGACAUGGCGACAGGGACUACAUAAAGCAAGGAUCAAGAACUUCAAUUGUCGAUCCAAUAAAAGAUCGAGUAGACUCACGAUAUGAUGCAAAAAGGCGUGUCGAAUCAAGACGACGCCAAAUUACAGAUGAAAACAGCCAAUGUGAUGAUUUAACAGCUUUCUUGCUAUUUUCGAGGGAUCAAGCACGUUUCAGAGAAUUCGUUGAUAAUAAAUGUGAUCUUGCAAAAAGAGCCAUAGGCGCAACUAUUACUGAGCAGCAUUUAGUCUUAGCAUUUCUUACGACUCUACCAGAUAAGCGUAUUUCAAAGGACUUGUUACAAAGCCCUUAUAAAAUACCAACGAAUUUGGAGGACUUGAGAAAACGCAUAAAAUAUUAUAAUUAUUGUGAGAGAUGUGAUAAAGUUGGACAUUUACCUGAUAACUGUUGGACUAGUGGGAAUGGUAAUUAAAAAGGACAAAUGAUUUAUAUGUCUAGAACUAUGAAUAUAAUUGAUUUUUUACCUUCA